CUGCGUCGCAAUAACUCCGAGCUGAGCUUCGCGUAAAAUUCAGAGGAGGAAAAAAAAAAAGUGGCGCACGACCGUUCCAGCUCUGGAUAACAAGAAAUGAACUGUGCGCUGAUCUCCACCGCUUUCUCUUAGGAUCUAAGUUUUUUUUUUUUUUUUUUUUAAACUACAGUGAGCGACAGCAUGUUCUUACUAAGACCCGCUCUGCUGAUUUUACUCCGUGUAUUCAUCGUCUCCACCUCAGGAGUCCCUGGGUUGAGAAUUGCUCCUGACCGCGGCACAACCAUCGUCAUCAACAAUCGUCAGGGUAAAGGUUGCCAAGUUUGCAUCGACUGGCCAUCAGAACAAUGCAACACUUCUCUUACGAUACAACACGGUUCUCCUGUCUCACUGUGGUUCAGAUGCGCAGAACCUCAAAAUUACCUCACCGUAGACAUUGUGAGAGAUAUCGAAUGCACCUCCAAGUCGUGCAGCGGCCUCAUCAACCAGACCGACGGAGGCUUCUUCCUGCGGUUUUUAAACCGCACCUUCACCUGGAACUUGAAGGCCUCGGAGCUCAAGGCUGUCAAAUUAGACUUCGCCAACACGGGUCUGAGACAGAUUAAUCCGUCUGAGAGAUGUCCCGACGGACACACCUAUAGCCUCCAGGCCCUGCAGGCUACAGGGAGCGUAGCCUUGGGGAAAUUCUGCAAAAUGGGCACUAUCAGCAGUGUUCAGAUACUGAAUCAGGGCAGCUUUUCUCUGGAUCUCCCAAAAGGCCAGUGGCUGCAGAAUGGCCACUUUGCUGCAUCUGUUGGGGAAGAAAUCAGGUCUCUUGCCAAAAUUUCACUGACGUUACCGAAAGGGGCCUCGUCCUCAGAGCUGCUUACGCCAAACUACCCGGAGAGUUUCCCCAACGACGACACGAUGGAGUGGUACUUUCAGGUCCCGGACAAACACAGGGUGGCCGUCCAGUUUGGAAACCUCACAGAGCCGAAAUGUUUGAGGAAGGAGACGGCAGUGGAGUACAGCAGCAAAGGGAGAUGGACGCUGUUUCUGAGGCUGACGGACACCCAGCCGGUCCAGAACGAGGGGAGCUUCUCGCUGACGCUGAGGAACUGCGAGAUGGACAGAAAACGAAGCAAACGAGCUGGUUCUGCAGGACUCUCCCUCAACCUAAAGGUGUCGGCUGCAGGUCCACCAGUGCUGUGUGAAGUGGAUCUCAGCAAAGCGGAGGGCCUUGCGCUCCACAUCGAGAAGGUGAAACCGGCCUCCAAGUGCGAGAUGGAGAUGAACUCGGUGAAAAAGGAGAAGAUUACAGUCACAUCGAGAAGUAAACUUUCUUUCCGGGACUGCCUUCCCGACGACGUGCAAGUCACAGCCAAAAGAGUCAUAGGCUGCAGUCAUCUCAAAGAUUGCCCCAAGACUCCCGUCCGUCUGUUGGUGCCUCAGCUGCCGUCCUGCCUCCCCGCCUCGCUGAGCAGCGUCACCUGGACCCUUCGCCCCGGUCAGCACGGCACCGUACUGCUGACAUCCCCCACCGGACCCCUCAAACAGUCCCUGCCUGGACAGCCGUGCAACGGCAGCAUCUUUAUCAAACUGACUGAAGAUGAUGGAACCACUAUUGGACACUUCUGCCCCCGUGGAGCCAUUCAGGAAGUCAAAAUCCACACCAAUGUGUCCGUCACCUGGACACCCAGCUUCCCGGGUAGAACACUGAGGUCCUACUACAAGCAUGUGCUGAACGCCAGUUUUGAAAAGGAGAUACGAGAAAGGUACAUAUACACCAUAUCUCCAUCGAAAGACGCCCCGGUGCUUGUGGGUACUCCUGGCUGGCCGGUAGGAAUGAAAUCCUAUUCCACCGUCUCCUGGAUUGUCAAUGUUCCCCCAAAGAUGGAUGCACACCUUAAGUUUGCCAACCUCAGCCAGCCCAAAUGCAACAAAGGUCACACCAGCAUCAGGGUGCAGAGAAUCGGCAACCUUGAGGAGGACUACAGCCGCCGGGAGGACGAGGAAGCCGAGAGCGAGAUCACUGUCUCCGAGAGCUUCUACCUCAACAUGUCCAGCUGCAUGCCUGAGAGAGGAGAGUUCCGCGUCAUCACCAAGAUCACCCUGCAGAAGGCCAAGAACCUUCUUCUGACCAUCAUCCUGAGUGUGGUUGCUGCUCUGCUUGUCAUUUUUGCCAUAGUGCUGGCUGCAGUCUGUGUGGUGGUUAGAAAGAAGAAAAAGAAGCUCGAUCAUCAGGUGUCCAUCUACAAUCCAAAUGGCACCAGCUUCUUGCCGGGACACAAUGGAUUUCCAACAACCCCAGAGGACAGCGAAGCCCACGUGUACGCCUCCAUCGAGGACACGCUGGUCUACACACACCUGCUGAAAAAGGGCGCAGAGAUCGGCAUCUACGGAGACUUCGAAACUUACCGGCCCUUCGCUGGACAAACAGACUCACAAAGGCCGCUGGUCUCUAAAGACGCUGGUGGCGACAACAUGGAGACCGGCGUUUAUCGCUCUUUCCAGCACCCGUCCCAACAAGGUCCCCCUCUUCCCAACAGGCCUCCGAGUCACGUCCAGCCGAUGGUGGACAAUGAGAUUUACCAGACGGACGAUCAAAACGAGGAGGAGCGUUCUCCGAGUCUGGGCCCGCGGUUGGAGCCAGAGGGAGGGAACUGAGCAGGAGAUUGGAUUCAGCUUUGUGAUUUUCACUUGACCUACUUGAACUUGGUGAUAUUCAUUCCCUGGCUUCUGUGUGAUUGCCUGCUGUUCAGCUUUGCAAGAGGCCCUACUUUUUUUUCUUUUUUUUUUAUCUCGAGUGUAGCUGUUGCACCAAAGCGAGGCACACAAAAUAAUCGUGUUGGAACCUGCCCGCAGCUGUUACCGUGUUUUAUCUCAGAUGAAGGCGCUUUUGUUUUGAAAGCAGAACUUAAUCAGUCCCUUUGUACAAGUUGUAGCCACUAUAAAGGCAUCUUCUGUUGCUCUUGGGCAACCAGUAUUUUGCAUUUAAGAUAUUUGUAUAUGUACUUUUGUACAUAUUAUGGGUGUUUUUUAUAGGAGCUGCUGUGUGCUGUUUACAUGAGUUUUUCAUUUUUAUUGUAAAAAAAAAAAAAAAGAGGACAACUAAUGCUGUUGCAAAGUGCUGAAUUUUUAUAGCAUUAGAACAUGAUGCAGUGGAACAGCAGCAUAUAUGCACGAAACAUUGUCUUUCUAUUGUUUGUCACUGCUUUCUUCCAAAUGCGACAUCAUUAUACCCUAAAUGUGUCCGACAGAGAGGUCAAAACACUCCUGCUAAUCAUGUUUAAUAUAUUAGAAUCGUUUUUUUAGGCUCUUGAAUGAAAUAAAAAUUGAGACCCAUACAUUUGGGAAUCUCAAGACUGAUCUACAACAA